GCUGGAGAUAAAUAAAAAAAGGCUGAUCAGUGAAUCUGUUAGAGCAGGAAAACACAAUGGCGGAGUGUGUGUUCAGCAAGAGCUGCUGAUCUGGACUCACUUUCACUUUGAGCUUCAGAGAAACGACACACACACAUACACACACCGAUAUCAGCAGCGCGGACAGACACACACCCAUACACACCCACCCACACCUACACACACACACACACACACACACUGGACAGGUGAGUUCAUCUGUUACCUGUAGAGUGUACAGCGAGUUUACAGUGGAGCUGGAGUGAGUUGCUGUUUGACUGAACUCAGUUUCAGCAAAACCGAAAGUGAAAGCGACACCAGGACACACAGCAUCAGCGCACUACAAUGUCCAACAACAGUGAUCAAGUGAAAGCAUGUCUAGAUUACUCAAACAGCAGUGGAAACUCUUCUGAUCAGCCUUCGAAAGGAGCAUCUAAUAUAAACCAGCGCUCACCGUCUGACUCCAUGGGGAACAAACCUGCCGCAUCUGCAGCCGAAACAGACCAAAAACACCCUCCUGCAUCUGCUGAAAAUGCGGAGAGAUCUGGGAGGAGAGACAGAGACACUGCAAACUCCUCAUCACAAAGCUCAUCUGAAGGUGAUCUGAUGCAGACGUCACACACUUCUGGAUCACAAUCGAGAGCCACACUUCCCACGUUUCCCAUCAGGAACCUGCAGAGACUGGAGAACUACACUAUGAACAGCCCCACGCUUCUGUGGAAAGGCCACACGGUGCUGGUAGAUCUGGACUGGGUGAAGCAGGGUGUAAUCGCUCCUCGACAGGGCCAGCAUGUCUGGGAUGCUCAUCAUGUGAAGCUGCCGCACAUGCAGUCUCCGCAUGCGUCUCGCUCGGGUCAGCCACGCUGGGAGGCCAUUAAGCAGGCGCUGCGCAAACUGACGCCCUCCUCCUCCAUUGGAGACAUUCAGACCGCAAUCAUGUCCUACAACUCCAGCAACAGAGACAAGUGGACAUUUGAUGCACUUUUUUAUUACGGGAAGAAUCUUCACAAAAUGGAUGAUAACCUUCAUUUGGUGAUCCCAAAAAUGGCCAAACUGGCAACAGAGUUACCGUCUCUUAUUCAGCGGUCCAUUCCUCUCCUGCGGCACAAUCAGAAUCAGGCCAUCACCCUCUCUCAGCAGCAGAUCUCCUGCCUGCUGGCCAACGCUUUCUUCUGCACUUUCCCUCACAGAAACGACACCAGCCCCGGCUCUGAAUACGCCAGCUACCCCACCAUAAACUUCAGCAGCCUCUUCGGUGGCCGCAAUGAUCCGUCAAAGUUAUCUGGAAAGGCUGAGAAGCUGAGAGCCAUUUUUCAUUACUUCGACACCGUGACCAGCGAAGAGAAGGAUCCAGCAUGUAAAGCAGACGGACUGGUCACGUUCGAGAGGGUCAGUGUUCCAGCAUCAGAACUGCCCAAGUGGAAGAGUGAGAAGAAACUCCUGAAGAACCUCCACGUUUCUGCUGACGGCUCCAUUGAGAAGGAAGGCACAGGGAUGCUGCAGGUGGACUUCGCCAGUAAGUUCAUUGGUGGAGGUGUGCUGAAGUCCGGCCUGGUGCAGGAGGAGAUUCUGUUCCUGAUGAGUCCAGAGCUGAUCCUGGCCAGACUCUUCACUGAGAAACUGGACGACCACGAGUGUGUCAGGAUCACAGGGCCACAGAUGUACAGCCUGACGUCAGGAUACAGCAGGAGCUUCAGCUGGACGGGGCCGUAUAUGGACCGCACUAAACGAGAUGUGUGGAAGAGGCGGUUUCGUCAGAUCGUGGCCAUCGACGCGCUGGACUUCAAGAACCCGCUUGAGCAGUACAGCAGAGAGAACAUCACUCGAGAACUCAACAAGGCGUUUGUGGGAUUCUGUGGACAGCCCAAAACGGCCAUCGCUACCGGCAACUGGGGCUGCGGAGCCUUCAGAGGAGACCCCAAACUCAAAGCUCUGCUUCAGCUGAUGGCCGCAGCAGUGGUGGACAGAGAUGUGGCGUACUUCACUUUUGGGAACACACACCUCGCAAACGAACUGCAGAAAAUGCAUGAUAUCCUGACCCAGAGGAAAGUGACUGUGGGUAAACUGUACGAGCUGCUGAAGGACUACUGUAAACACUACGAGCGCACACGCACACCCACUGACCUGUACAGGUUCAUCAGAGACAACAUCGGCCACAACAGCAGCUCACUGUGAAGAGGAACACACACACACACACACACACACACACACACACACACACACACACACACACACCGACCUGUACAGGUUCAUCAGAGCGAAGAUUAGAUGCAGCAACAGCUCACUGUGAAGAGGAUCUCUCACACACACACACACACACAUACACACACACAGGGAAGAAAGAGAAGAACACACACCAGCAGUGCCGUUUCACACUGGUAACACUGCAGUAAAUCUAUCAAACACACACACACACACAAGCUGGUCUGUUUUACACCAGCAACCCUGCGAUCAAUAAAACACACCCAUGGUGCGGUUUUACACCGAUAACGCUGCUGUCAGUAUAUCAAACACAAGAGCUGCAGUUUUACACUGGUAACACUGCUGUUAAUAUAUCAACCACACACACACACACACAAGCUCUGCAGUUUUACACCGGUAAGACUCAAUAUAUCUCUGUAGGCCUGUAAUAAUAAUAAUGGAUAAAUCCUGCUGAGUGUCCUGUAAAGCUGUUCUAGAGGUCCACUGUUUACCUUAAUUAAGCGUUCAUGUUCAUCUAACACAAAUAAACACCGCCUCACACUUUUACCAGUUUCUGAAGAUGAAGAUGCUGCUGGAAAAAGAAUAAAACACAUAAAACACAUGCUACUGCAGUCGAUGGCUGUUGUUUCCAGCAUAUCUCACGUUGUGUUAAACACCAGAGUGAUCAAUGUUGAUUUGUGUGUGCGCUGUGCCUUUAACCUUGAUCAAAUGCACAUAUGAGAUGUAUUAAUGCUACAUAAACCCGUUCACAUCACUGUUAGAGAUAUCACAGGAACAGAAGCAGACAGAAUGAAACGGAGAUGCUUUUAUUUUGAAGUCUGGAAUAAUCAGAAAUCUAUGAAAAUAAAUAAACCCUUUAAGUCUUUGCUGAGAGCG